AUGGAUUUUCAAUCCAGCGACCUCCACGAAACCACAACCACCGAGUCCAGCUCCACCGAGCCCUCACCACCAAACUACCAACCUUUAGAGCGUCCGAUAGCCAUCCCCCGCGUAUGUAAUCUCACUGACCGGCUUCUAAUUAACCUACCUUUCGUCCGUGCCUACACCGACAUCUUGACUACUAAUUACGGCAUCUCCGAGGAGGUCUUCCUCGAAUUCAUCGACGAGCUGAACAUCAUACAAGCCGGACACACAGCCCUGAAGUACAUGCAAAAGGCCGGUCAAGCCAUCCACUUCGCUGACCAUAUUGAUCCCACAAAGAUCACCGCACUUCUGGGACAAUGUUCCGACCUCACAGCCCGUCUCAUCCACAUGGCAUAUAUCAAGGGACCGUUUGCGCGGAGAACGGCGUAUCUUAACAGAGCGAAUCGGUUGUUGUUCCAUCCUAAACAUCUUGAAGUGUCAAUCGUCACUGGGAAACAGCUGAGGAAAAUACUGGGCCUUCAUCCAAAAUUCCCGCUCUGUGCAUCGCUAUGUCCGCUGUGGACGGUUCCCUCGAAAACAGAUCUAGUCCAGGGCGUGCGCUCGCGGGUUCGUGUACCCGGCAGGCAACUGUGCCAGCUUAUCGACUAUGUGUAUGACUUGGAUCUUGCGGCGGAGGCGAAGAGGGGAUGGAGCCAGGAGAAGGGAAAGGUGCGGAGGGAUGCGGCAAAAGUUGUUCGGGAUUGGCAGGUUGUCUCAGAGGUUCAACAUGAGAUCUGGCGAGGGGAGGCUAUUCAGUUAUACGAGAUGGCGGGGCAGGCUGCGGAUCUGAAAGUGAGAAAGAAGCUACUGAAGAAGGCAAGUGAGAUGGAUAAGGAGCACCUGAAGACUACAAUGUCUAUUCGACCCGCACAUGCUGGUCUUCGAAUAUUGGACAAGGGCAACCCACUGCGUCAAUGCGGAAGGGUCUCCGAUCUGCGAUCCAAGUUUGCUGGCAUUACUACCCAUGGAAUUAAUUGCAAAGCAUUUCACAUGUCUCUGAAGGAACUACGAUCGGGGUACUUGCUAGGGAGCUCAGUACCAUGGAUCGAGCUCGGGAAGCGGAAUUCUAGGCCGGUCCUGCAUGAGCUCCGGAUAAAGUUCAGAGAGAAACAAUUCUUAGGACCUGCCACGUCUUAUUCUACACUGUUCUCACGAGUAAUCUGGAGGGUGACGAACUACGGUGUCGACGAUUGUAGUGAUUGGAGAUAUCGGAGCUCAUUUGCCCAAGAAUAG